CUUUUCAGUGACCCCACAUUUGGAGUGAACAAAAUUGGGGUCUGUGAUCUGUCAAGACUCAAGAUUUCUUUACCCUUUUUCUCACUUAACCUCUAUAUUACAUAUGUUGAAGAUCUUCUCGCCAUUGGUGUCACUGAGUUCAGUUCAUUUUUUUUUUCUUAUCACAGUGAAGGAUGGAAAGAAUUGAGUGAAGGGUAAUUAUUUCUUUCAGAAGAGAGCUAUGGGGAUGCUUACUUUUCUUCUCUAUGGCCAUAUACAGUGGUCAUCUGCAACAAUUUGGUUCCUGGGUUUAUUGUUUUUCUUAGUACAUAAUAUUAGUGGGGCUUCAUCGGCUUCGAAUUACUUGAUUGGUCUUGGAAGCUAUGACAUAACAGGGCCUGCUGCGGAUGUCAAUAUGAUGGGUUAUGCAAGUUUGGGGCAGAUUGCGUCUGGAGUUCACUUCAGAUUGAGAGCGCGUACAUUUAUUGUUGCAGAACCUCAGGGGAACCGUCUAGUAUUUGUAAAUCUUGAUGCCUGCAUGGCCUCACAAAUUGUUACAAUCAAAGUACUUGAGAGAUUAAAAGCAAGGUAUGGGGACCUCUAUACAGAGCAGAAUGUUGCCAUUAGUGGUAUCCACACUCAUGCUGGUCCUGGAGGCUAUCUCCAAUAUGUUGUAUAUAUCAUAACAUCUCUUGGAUUUGUACGCCAGUCAUUUGAUGUUAUUGUUGAUGGCAUUGAGAAAAGCAUUGUACAAGCUCAUGAAAGUCUUCGACCAGGGUCAAUAUUUGUUAAUAAAGGGGAGCUUUUAGAUGCUGGGGUGAAUCGUAGUCCUAGUGCUUAUCUCAAUAACUCUGCAGCAGAACGGGCUAAAUAUAAGUAUAAUGUUGACAAAGAUAUGACCCUCUUAAAGUUUGUAGAUGAUAAAUGGGGACCAGUAGGUAGCUUCAACUGGUUUGCUACUCAUGGAACUUCAAUGAGUAAUACAAACUCAUUAAUAAGUGGUGACAACAAAGGAGCUGCAGCACGGUUUAUGGAGGACUGGUUUGAACAGAAGGGUUUAACGGAAGGUUCUGAUACACUAUAUUUCAAUAAGUCUGAAGAUGAUGGAGUCCCGCAAAGGGUAUCAACAAUAGUUCCUAGCCCUAACGAAAACCGAAAUGAGUUGCUGAGACUUGCCUCCUCCUUUCAGCCUUCUGAAGGAAAGCCUGCAACAAGGAUUUUGAGUCUUGCAAGUAGGGUCAGGAAUGCUUUGAAGCAAGCUGACAGGCCUCAGUUUGUAUCUGCAUUUUGUCAAUCAAACUGUGGUGAUGUGAGCCCAAAUGUUCUUGGUGCAUAUUGCACAGACACUGGAUUGCCUUGCGAUUUUGAUCACAGUACCUGCAGUGGUAAAAAUGAAUUAUGUUUUGGUAGGGGACCAGGUUACCCUGACGAAUUUGAAAGUACUCGUAUAAUUGGAGAAAGGCAAUUCAAAAAAGCUGUUGAACUGUUUGACAAAGCAUCUGAGCAGCUGAAAGGGAAAGUUGAUUACCGACAUGCAUAUCUAAAUUUCUCCAGCCUUGAGGUCUCACUUCCUAAAGUGGGAGGGGGUCAGGAGGUGGUGAAAACAUGCCCAGCUGCAAUGGGCUUUUCUUUUGCUGCAGGGACCACUGAUGGUCCCGGAGCAUUUGAUUUCAAUCAGGGAGAUGAUAAGGGGAAUGCAUUCUGGAGGGCGGUGAGGAACUUGAUAAAAACACCGAGCCAGGAACAGGUCAAAUGUCAGCUUCCGAAGCCUAUUCUGCUUGAUACUGGGGAAACGAAGAAACCAUAUGACUGGGCACCCUCGAUACUUCCAGUUCAAAUUUUGCGGAUAGGACAACUUGUGAUUCUCAGCGUUCCUGGAGAAUUCACAACCAUGGCCGGCAGGCGCCUCCGUGAUGCUGUUAAGACGGUGCUUACUUCUAAAGGUAAGGGAAAAUUUGACAGCAAUGUCCAUAUAGUCAUUGCAGGGCUGACCAAUACAUAUUCACAGUAUGUGACCACCAUUGAGGAGUACAGAGUGCAAAGAUAUGAGGGAGCCUCCACGCUGUAUGGUCCACACACACUUGAUGCCUACAUUCAAGAGUUCAAAAAAUUAGCUGCAGCUCUCAUCAGUGGCCAAGCUGUUGAACCAGGACCACAGCCCCCAGAUCUCCUUGACAAUCAAAUCAGCUUACUUCCACCAGUUGUUGUAGACGCUACCCCUUUUGGAGUGAACUUUGGGGAUGUCAAAACUGAUAUUCCUUCAAAUUCCACCUUUAAAAAGGGUCAAUUGGUUACAGUCACCUUCCGGUCUGCUUGCCCAAGAAAUGACCUUAUGACUGAGGGUACAUUUGCACUGGUUGAGAUUCUCCAGAACCAAAACAAAUGGGCACCAGCUUAUGAUGAUGAUGAUUUCAGCCUACGGUUUAUAUGGUCAAGGCCUGCAAAACUUAGUCCUGAGAGCUUUGCAACUAUAGAAUGGAGGAUUCCUGCAUUUGCAGUUUCUGGUGUGUAUCGGAUAAGCCAUUUUGGUGCUUCCAAAUCACUUCUUGGGUCAAUCAGCCAUUUCACAGGUUCAUCUAGUGCCUUUGUAGUGGCAUAGAUAGAUGGCAAUAUAUACUGAAGUCAUUGUAAAAGUUAUCAACGUUCCACAAUGAGAAAUACAUAAAUGAUCAUCUUCA